CUGGGAAUUUUCAGGCAGCUGCGGUGUCUUUGGGCAGGGCCAUGCUGUGAGAAUGGUGCUGCUUCAGUCUGCUGCUGCCCAUUUGAAGACUGAAGCACUGGCAACUUUGCAACCACAAACCCAUCCAUUUUGUUUGCGUCUGGAAGAGGAGUACUUGCUGCUGAUUCGGAGGAGGAGCUAGCUAGCUACUAGUAGCAUUGUUGGCGGCUUUUGGAGUUUGAAGAUUCGCUGAUUGACAGUUGACAGUUCGAGCAGUUUGCUUUCUGGCAUCACCAUAAUUUCCAAGUCGCCGAGAUUUCCAUUCAGUUAGUUUCACCAGCACACAACAACCAUGCCUCUGCUUCGAACCUUUCACCGCAGUCACUCUUUGUCGGACGCGGACAAGGCGUACCGACGGGCCGCUCGUGAGCUCCGCGACUUUCAUCGAGCUCGAUCACUGGAUGUCAUUCUGGAGGAAGCCCAUGACCACGAUGACGACCCCAGUCACCACAGUCAUCAAGGAAUGCUCCAAAAGAAGCGAGCGUGUUUGUGUCUAGCCGAUUUGGUCGUUGAGGAUGAUGUCGAUGGCAGCGAACACAGUGCUCCCGAGGAGCACACCAAGGAAUCCGGUUCGGGCGGUAACAACACAUGGGGCCAUUUCACGGCAGAUUCUCCGGCUGUCGCAACCGAGCAGGAGCAUCAUCAUCAUGACUCGUCUAGCCGCGUGUACCCCGCUUCCAUCACAUUCAAGGGACGAAUCAUGCGGCCAUUUGGACGGUCUUGAAGAAGAAGAACGAGACUGUCUAGCUAGGAGCAAGCGCAACACCACAGCCACCACAAGCUAGCCAAGACACCGCUAUUGCAGAUCACCCCACCCCCUGAACGACUACUAGCAACAUCACCCCUUCCAAGGAAAGACUGUACCACUACGAAAGGCCCACAAUAAAGUAUCAUAGCACUGGAACACACACAUAUCAAAAACAAGACACAACAGA